ACCCUGAGGCCCUACCAAGUGAGAAGACGCUGCGAGGCAAAGGGAGGGCCAGAGAGGCAGAGAGAGGGAAGGAGGGGUGCCGGCCGGGCCGCUGUCCCCCCACAGGGCCAGCUCAGAUUCAGCUCUAGGAGCAACGGAGCUGCGGAAGCCACGGCAGCCCCUCUCCUCCAGCCGGGGACCGCGGGCAGGCAGACCCGGAGACAGGGGUCCUGGGACUGGAAGUCCUCCACUCCCAGCCACACCGCUGGGCCUGUCCCCCAUGGCUUUCAAUGACCUCCUGCAGCAGUUGGGGGGCGUCGGCCGCUUCCAGCAGAUCCAGGUCACUCUGGUGAUCCUCCCCCUGAUCCUGCUGUCUUCCCACAACACCCUACAGAACUUCACCGCCGCCAUCCCCACCCACCACUGCCGCCCGCCCGCCGGCGCCAACCUCAGCGAGGACGGGGAGCUGGAGGCCUGGCUGCCCCGGGACAAGCAGGGGCGGCCGGAGUCCUGCCUCCGCUUCACCUCCCCACAACGGGGACGGCCCUUCCCCAAUGGCACAGCCGCCACAGAGCCCUGCACCAGUGGCUGGAUCUACAGCAACAGCACCUUCCCUUCCACCAUCGUGACCGAGUGGGACCUCGUGUGCUCUCACAGGGCCUUACGCCAGCUGGCUCAGUCCCUGUACAUGGUAGGGGUGCUUCUCGGAGCCAUGGUGUUCGGGUACCUGGCAGACAGGCUGGGCCGCCGGAAGGUGCUGAUCUUGAGCCACCUGCAGACAGCUGUGUCAGCAACCUGUGCGGCCUUCGCUCCCACCUUCCCCAUCUACUGCGCCUUCCGGCUCCUCUCGGGCAUGUCGGUGUCCGGCGUCGCCCUCAACAGCCUGACCCUAAAUGUGGAGUGGAUGCCCAUCCACACCCGGGCCUUCGUGGGCACCCUGAACAGCUAUGCCUUCAGCCUGGGCCAGCUCCUCCUGGCCGGCCUGGCCUACGCCGUGCCCCACUGGCGCCACCUGCAGCUGCUGCUCUCCGUGCCUUCCUUUGCCUUCUUCAUCUGUUCCUGGUUCUUCGUGGAGUCUGCCCGCUGGUACUCCACCUCCGGGAGGCUGGACCUCACCCUGAGCGCCCUGCAGAGAGUGGCCCGGAUCAAUGGGAAGUGGGAUGAGGGGGCCAAGCUGAACAUGGAGGUCCUCCGGUCCAGUCUGCAGAAGGAGCUGGCCAUGGGCAAAGGCCAGGCCUCGGCCAUGGAGAUGCUGCGCUGCCCUGCCUUGCGCCACCUCUUCCUCUGCCUCUCCAUGCUGUGGUUUGCCACUAGCUUUGCCUACUACGGGCUGGUCAUGGACCUGCAAGGCUUCGGGGUCAGCAUCUACCUCGUCCAGGUCAUCUUCUCGGCCGUGGACCUGCCUGCCAAGCUCGUGUGCUUCCUAGUCAUCAACUCCCUGGGCCGCCGGCCCGCCCAGAUGGCCUCCCUGCUCCUGGCCGGCAUCUGCAUCCUGGUCAACGGGGUGGUGCCCCAGGAGCAAUCCAUUGUCCGAACCUCCCUCUCUGUGCUGGGGAAAGGCUGCCUGGCUUCCUCCUUCACAUGCAUCAUACUGUACACUGGGGAGCUGUACCCCACGACGAUCCGACAGACAGGCCUGGGCCUGGGCAGCACCAUGGCCCGAGUGGGCAGCAUCGUGAGCCCGCUGGUGACCAUGAUGGCUGAGCUCUACCGCCCCAUGCCCCUCUUCAUCUUCGGCACUGUCCCCGUGAUUGCCAGUGCUGCCACUGCCUUCCUGCCGGAGACCCUGGGCCGCCCACUGCCGGACACGGUGCAGGACGUGGAGAACAGGAGGAGAGGGAAGUCACAGCGGCAGCAGCAAGAGCAGCAGAAGCAGAUGGUCCCACUCCAGCCCUCAGCACGAGAGAAGAGUGGACCCUGAGCACCAAGAACGGGCCUCACACAGCCCUAAAGGGAACAGGGGUCCUCCAGGUCCUGGGCCACCACCCACACGAAGAGGCAGAAGUGGGGAUGGCAGCCCAAGUGUCGGGGGCUGUGGUUCAGGGGAGCCCCUCCCCGGGGGUUCUCCUCUCUGAAGAGAUUCCACCAAGACCACAUCAUUAAAACGUUUUUCUGUGUGCAGCA